CCACGCCCCUUGUUUAUGUCUAAGAGGAGCUCGUCCCUCAGCUGCCGCCAUGUUGGGAAGGUCAGUAGAGAAAGAAGGGGAGGAGUGCAGGCUGUCACACCGCCCCCUCCUGAGGGAAAACAGGGACCCGCCGCGGACUCCGUCACCCCCGGGACAGCGGCCCCUUCUCCGCCGCCUGGACUUCAUGCUGAGGAGGAGAAAGACGUGCGAGGGAGCCGACCCGGCCGCGGACACCCGGGGGAGUCUAAGCGAGCCGAGCCGGGAGCUGGCGGCCGGGUAAUAGCCGCGGACCUUACAGCGGAGGAGAAGAGCUCGGCCGAGUCCAUGGACAACACGUCCAUCAUCACCCAGCUCAGCAACCCGAAGGAGGAGGCCAUCCUGUCCUGCGCCCAGGAGAAGGUUUCGCAAUGCAAUAUCAGCCUGAAGAAGCAGCGCAACAGAAGCAUCUUCAGCUCCUUAUUCUGCUGUUUUCGGAGCUACAGCGUCGAGCCGCCCUCCUCCAAUAACAACAGCAGCCCCCUGCCCCCACAGGUGGAAGAAAAUGGCGGCAUUCAGAAGGGCGAUCAGACGCAGGUCAUUUCCAUUCCCAGUCCCUCUACGAAAUACCUCCUGCCAGAGCUGAAAGCGUCUGAUUAUGGAAAGAAGUGUGUGGUGAUUGACCUGGAUGAGACCUUGGUGCACAGCUCAUUUAAGCCAAUUAAUAAUGCUGACUUUAUUGUCCCCGUUGAAAUCGAUGGAACGAUACAUCAGGUGUACGUAUUAAAGAGGCCGCACGUGGACGAGUUUCUUCAGAAGAUGGGCGAGCUCUUCGAAUGCGUCCUAUUCACGGCCAGCCUGGCGAAGUACGCGGACCCCGUGGCCGACUUGCUGGACCCUUGGGGCGUCUUCAAGGCGCGGCUCUUCAGAGAAUCAUGUGUGUUCCACAGAGGAAACUACGUGAAAGACUUGAGCCGUCUAGGGAGAGAACUGAGCAAAGUCAUCAUCGUGGACAACUCGCCAGCAUCAUACAUCUUCCAUCCCGAAAACGCGGUCCCGGUGCAGUCUUGGUUCGAUGACAUGUCGGACACGGAAUUGCUUGAUCUGAUUCCUUUCUUUGAAGGACUGAGUAAAGAGGAGAACAUUUACAAUACACUCAAUAAACUGUGUAACAGGUAGCCUUUAUGGAGCGCCCCCCGGCGGACACGGCUCUCGCCUGCAGCAGCCGCCCCUGUGCUCUCAUUCGGACACCCGUUUUCCUCUCUUUGCGCUCCACCCAGAAAUGCUUGCAGGAAGACGCUCCUCUGGUGCCAUGGUGAGGGGGAGAGAUGCCCUUAAUCUUCCCAGCAAAUUAGUCCUGAAGAAGCUCCACCCUCAUAAAGAGGCGGAGUUUGUGACUGGGUGAAAGGGCACUUUUUCUUUUUUUUUUUCAGUCUGUUUAACAAUGGACUCGGAAAUACGAAAAAAAAGCUAAAUAUUUUUAGAAAAUGCUUUUCACUAAUUUUCAUACAACGGAUGAGAACUUUUCAGGCUUUUAUAAAGGAAAAAACACCAAAUGUUUCAAAUUUACAAAAGAUGUAACCCCACCCCCACCCCUGCGCUUGGUUAACACUGGCAAUGGGUUUUCUUUGCCCCCCCCCCCCCCCCCCGCCCACUCGCACUAUGCAGACAUUUACCCCUCCCCCAUGCUUUGGGGCAGUUGACCUGCCCCCGGGGUGUGUAUAUUUUUGGUUAUUUCCUCCCUACAGAUUGAAGUGCCUUUUUCAAGUGUUUGAUUUUAAAAAGAAAACUUGAAAAAAUAACAAACAUUUUCUACUACAGACGACGACAAAAAAAAAAAAACAUUUCACAAACCGGUUCUCUUUUUACCAUCUACCGGAAGCGAACAAAACGUUCUACGUGGAGGCCUCCUGACGCUGGGCUACUAACUGCAGUUCUAGACGCAGGCCGCAUGUGGUUGCAACGCUAUUAUGUUAUGAGACAUUUGCAUAUCCUGUUGUGUUUUUUUUUUUUUUGUUUUUUUUUCAUAUUUUUGAUGCGAUUUGCCUCCACCCUCAUAUUUUGUUUCCUAUACAGUUUGGUCAGGACUGGUGUACAUUUUAAUUAUGGUUUUGUGUGGAUUUGUUUUUUGUUUUUUUCUUCUCCCAUAUAAAACUUAUUUUUUUGCUGCCUCAA